UUCAGCUUCGCGGGAGCCGAGAGUCCCGACCAAGAUGGCGGCCGUGGGGCGAGCCGGCUCCUUCAGCUCCUCGCCGCCGGUGCUGGCCGCCGCCAACGGCUUUGCCCCGGCCGCCUGCACGGGCGGCGGCGACAAGGCCGAGGACGACGACGGGCAGAACCUCUGGUCCUGCAUCCUCAGCGAGGUCUCCACCCGCUCCCGCUCCAAGCUCCCAUCGGGCAAGAACGUCUUACUGCUGGGUGAAGAUGGAGCCGGAAAGACAAGCUUGAUAGGGAGAAUCCAGGGAAGAACGGAGGAGUGCAAGAAGGGGAGAGGGGCAGAGUAUUUGUACUUGAGUGUUCAUGAUGAGGACAGAGAUGAUCAAACAAGAUGUAAUGUGUGGAUCUUAGAUGGAGACCUGUAUCACAAAGGGCUCCUUAAAUUUGCAAUGGAAGCCAACUCUCUGAGAGACACUUUAGUUAUUCUGGUUGUUGACAUGUCAAAGCCUUGGACUGCUUUGGAUUCUUUACAGAAAUGGGCAAGUGUGGUGAGAGAACAUAUUGAUAAGCUAAAAAUUCCUCCUGAGGAAAUGAAAGAAAUGGAACAGAAAUUGAUUAGAGAUUUCCAAGAAUACGUAGAGCCUGGAGAAGAUUUCCCAGCAUCUCCACAGAGAAGAAGUACAUUACAGGAAGAUACAGAUGAUAGCGUCAUGUUACCGCUGGGCGCAGACACGCUUACAUAUAACUUAGGUGUCCCGGUGCUCGUAGUUUGCACAAAGUGUGAUGCCAUUAGUGUGUUGGAAAAAGAGCAUGAUUACAGAGAUGAACACUUUGACUUUAUUCAAUCACAUAUCCGGAAGUUUUGUUUACAGUAUGGUGCAGCACUUAUUUACACUUCAGUAAAGGAAAAUAAAAAUAUAGAUUUAGUAUAUAAGUACAUUGUUCAGAAAUUAUACGGAUUCCCUUUUAAGAUCCCUGCUGUUGUUGUGGAAAAAGAUGCAGUAUUUAUUCCAGCAGGAUGGGAUAAUGAUAAGAAAAUAGGAAUUUUACAUGAAAAUUUUCAAACGUUAAAAGCAGAAGAUAGUUUUGAAGAUAUUAUAACCAAACCACCUGUCCGAAAGGUUGUUCAUGAGAAGGAAAUUGUAGCAGAAGAUGACCAAGUAUUUCUUAUGAAGCAACAGUCCCAGUUAGCAAAGCAACCACCAACAGCUGCUGGAAGGCCAGUGGAUUCCUCUCCACGAGUUCCUGGCGGCUCCCCUCGAACACCUAAUAGAUCAGUGUCAUCCAAUGUGGCCAGCGUGUCACCCAUCCCUGCUGGGUCAAAAAAAAUUGAUCCAAAUAUGAAAGCCGGAGCUACAAGUGAAGGUGUCCUCGCUAAUUUCUUCAAUAGUUUGCUGAGUAAAAAAACAGGCUCACCCGGGGGCCCUGGUGUCGGUAGCAGCAGCCCCGGAGGGGGCGGGGGUGGCGGCGGAGGCAGCACUUUACCACCAUCGGCAAAAAAGUCAGGCCAGAAACCUGUCUUGACAGAUGUUCAGGCAGAAUUGGAUAGAAUUUCACGAAAACCUGAUAUGGUUUCUCCUACAACACCAACGUCCCCUACAGAAGGUGAAGCAUCUUGAAGAUACCAAAUAAAGCCAUUUAUUCAGUUUUCUGAGAUAAUGUAAACUUGCCUCUGCCUUUUCCUUCAGAAGUGGAAUUAGGGAGCUGAAACAUUUUUUUCAGAAGGAUAAAAUUGAUGUCUUUUUUUGUUGCCCAAUCUUACAAAAAGGGAACUGUACAAAUGGAAAAUUAAACUACACUAUGUCGGACUGCUGUUUGCAUUGCCACUUUGCAUAAGGAAGUAAUUUUGAGAUUUUGAACACUCAAAAGAAUUUCUAAAAUUGCAAUUUGUCCAUUUGAUCUUAUUCUAAACACCAUUUGGGGUUGUUUUUUUUUAAUGGGAGGGUUUGGGGAUGGGUGGUAAGCAAUAUGCAACAUAGGCACUGUACUGACUUGGAAAUCCCUGUCUGUUUUAGAGUGAGGGCUGUUAAGAUGGUAAAUAAAUUAACCUGUUAGUUUUCCUGGAAGACACAUGAUGACUUGUUCACUCUUGUGUGCACCAACAUGAAUGCAUUAAAAUUCUGUUUACUGCCACAUGUGGAAUGUGCUCACCAACCUACUGGAUCACAUCUGGGCCACUAGAUCUAUUGAAAGUUGUGGGGCAGUGUCCUCUCCCAAGUGGAUGGCCUAGAGACAUGUUGACCAAGUUUGAUUUAAUUAACUAGCAGAAGAUGACAGCCCACUGCCUAAAUAUGUAACAAAGAAAAAUGCAGAGGUUAUCCAAAUGAAAAGAAAAACAGUUUCAAUAUUUGUUUCUCUAUGGCCCAGCCUUAAUACUGCCCUAUAUGUUUUCCACAUUACCGUGAUGGUUUUAAUGAUCAGUCUUUUAAACUGUAAUCAGUUAAUAAAGUAUUUAUUCUCUGCAUUCAGAUUUAAAUAAUUCAUUGCAUUCUCUUGUUUAAACUUCUAUUUAUUAGUUAACAAAAGAUAAGGUGUGCUAGUAUUUUUAUGUUUGACUCAGGAUUUUUAAAGCAUACUGAUAAUUCUCAUCUCUUCAUCCAGAUUUUCCUAUGACAAAACUAGUUAAUUUUAUUUCAACUUCCUUGAUUUUGUAUACCAAGGAAAUAUAGGGAACAGUGGAUGGUUUACUUGCCUCUGAUAACGUUGCUUCCCUAAGGAUGGAAAGUUUCCAUAUUCUGGAACUUUCUAUAGCGUUCAGCCUCAAAUGAUUAUUGAAUGAGAGAGUCUGCUUUUUUAGCAUUUGGUCAGUAUGCUCACGGUGAGCUACUCCCUUCCAAAUCAACACUUGUGUCAUUUCUCCAGUAGUAGAUUUUCAGUAGCUGGGAUUUUAGAAUCUAACUAUAGUAACAUUAAAUUAGAGGAUAUUUUCAUUGAUCAGUUGAUGAGUGCAGCCAUGUUAGACCAACUUAAACCAAUUAGGUUAUUUUUUUUCAUUGUUUGCUUUCUUUUAAAUGACGCCUCAAUUUUAAACUUUAAAGAUAUAUUCUAUAUUCCAAAGAUAUUCUUUAGAAGUCCCUGAAGCAUUAAAGAAAAGUCAUCUUUCAGGAGGUCUUUCAAAAUCAAUUUAGUUGUAGAAAAAGCAUUUGGUUUACUGUAACUGAACAUAAAUACUGAAGGUAUGUGAGAAGAGGAAAAGCUUCAUAGCUUCCUCCAUAAGGGAGUUCUUGGGAAGGAAAAGAUGUUCCUUCACACUGCAAAGUUGUCAAUUUGAAAAAAUUUUUCUUAAAAUACACUUGAGAUAAGUAAAACAUACCACUGACAAAAGAAUAAAUAUUCAGCUCAGUAAGUGGUUAUGCAAAUUGUAAUGAUACCAAUUUUUCUAAACUAGUACUUGACACUAAUACAGAAUAACUGGGAAGACCAAUAAAAUUGAUGUUUAAUCUGCGUCUCUGUAUACCUUGAAUAUCUACUUCUGUGUUUGCAUGCACGGAAUAAUGAGCUGUUUCCCGUAGGACAUGGAGAUGUACCAAAAAGCCCCAGAGAUGAAUCCAAUUCUUUAUGUGCCAUCUGGCAUCACCAGUUCUAGUUGCUCUAGAGCAGAGGUGUCAGACACUUUCCCAAACCAGAUUAAAAUGUAAUUGGGACAUAUUUAAUAAAAUAAAAAUACAGUAGAACAUAAAUAAUGUUAAUAUGUGGUUUUCUGACUGCAGCCUGCAAAAAUCCUUAUAUAGUAAGUUUAGUGGACCCUUUUUUAUUUGAAUUUGAUACCACUGUUCUAGAAGGUUCAGAUAUAACUAAUCCCAGCUCCUUACCUUUAGCAUGUCUGGGUGCUAAAACUAUUUUUGUACUGCCUAAUGUUUGCAAGGAAGACACUUUGUUUUUUAACAUCUCAGUUGUCCAUCCUAACCUUCAGAUAUCAAAUUUUGAGGCCUUUUGUGAGACUGGACAAAUGGUGCAUAUAUUAAAAAAGUGUCCAUUACAUGAGUUUCUUUUUUCUUACUUUUACAGAGAAUUGCUUUGCUUUUUAAACUGUUGAAAUCACAAAAUGCCCUCCUCCAUGUAGUUGUCAUCUCAUUUAAAAUGUUUAUGCUUUAUUAAAUUACUUUUCCCCUUUUUGUGAAUUCUUUGUAUAAGAUAGUCAAAUUUAGUCCUCUACUGAAGAACUAUUUAUUCCUUAAUUGAAAACUUCUCUGUUUGCCUUAAUUUAAAGAAAUGUAUAAAAUGAAUAUGAGCAGUGCACUUAGUUGAAUGGGUUAAAAUACAGAUAAGGAGAAUCUUGCCUUAAAAUUAUUUAAACCCUUCACUUAGUGACCCUUUGGGCAACAAAAAUGUCACAGUAUCAUGAAUAAAUGCUUUAUUCAAAGACAAAUUGUAGUAAACCCCUUAUUAUCCAUGUUUGCAGAUGUCUGAUAUGUAAAAUUUAUUUUUUUAAGUCACUCAUUUGCCACAUUUUAAACCAAGUAUCAAAAUCAGUAGUUUGUUUUUUUCCCCCUCAAGGCCACCCCUGUAUUGGAGGGUGCCAAUGAUAUGACAAGAUAGGAGUAGCAAAGACAGGACCCAUUAUGCUAAUGUAUAUGAUCUUGAAAAUAGAGGUACUCCCAACAACAAUAUGGCAGGUCACAGCUCAUCCUCUCCAAGUGUUGUUACAAUUUAAAAGAAGAUACUCUGAAAGUUAUAAGGGAAAUGAUAAUAGUCAUUGCAAAUGACUGUCAACGAUGGUGAAUUGCAAUUUUUCAAAGAAAUUAUUUACCUAAAAUACAUCCACUGUUACAAUAUACUCUUUCUGGUGUCUAAAUAAUCAGAGUACUGAGUUUUCUUGUAAUAUAAAGUGGUAAUAUUUUUGUUGAAGUUCCCCGGGGGAAAAAAAACAGAUUAUUAAAUUCACCUUAGUUAUUAUUAACUCAUUCUUGUAUGUUUUUUUAAGUUUUUUAAAUCAUCCUAAGCAAUGAUCAGGUCCAAAAUUAAUAUGAGCCAAUUAAGAAUAUUUUUAAGCAUCAUUCCAGCCCUGGAAAAAAUUGGAGGAAAUAAAAAUGCUUAUGUUUCUUCUCACCCUCCCCCCUUGGGGGAUAAUAACCUUGCUCCUUAACUCUCAGAUUUCUGUAAUAAGUGGUUGAUACUAUUGAACAAGAAGGACAACUGGCAAGUGGAAAGACAUUGUCACUUGUGUAAAAAGUAGUUUAAAGGUUCAGUUGUUUGUUGAAAAGGCAUUUAGUAAAUUAUUUUAAAAUGAACAUAUUAACUAAUAAAUAGCUAUACUUCCUUGA